AAUAAUAUGAAUGUAUCAUUGAAGAAUGAAGUUUAGCUAGCCAGUCGGCGGCCGGCGGUUCAGUUGGUUCAUUAAACUUACAGAGCGGCGUUACUAUAUUAAUAUCGUAUAUAAUAGAGAUCGCGUGUACAAUAAAAUAAAUAUUAUACUUUACUUGUUCGAGCGUCGGUCGUAGUGUCGUACAUUUAUUAACAACACUCGCGCGUGUGUGUCGUAUGUACCUGCGUACAGUGAUGUGCAUCGAAUAAUGUAAAAAUAUUAUUUUAUUAGUUUUCAUCAACUCGCCACGACAACCCGGUGGAUACAAUAUUAUAAUACAAUAUCAGUUAACGGAAAGAAAUUCAAUUUUAACCGACAAAUGAUGACCCCUCCUCUAUCAUUCCGGACUAGUUUGAUUUUCGCUACCGCUGUCGUUUACGUAUUGAUUUCGCUGGUGCCUAAUGUUGAUGGUCAGAUCGAUUGCUAUGAGUGUACAGUACAUGCACCAGAAACAUUUAUGAACCGAACGACCAGACUGUGUUCGAAGUUUGAUGGUUCCGAUCACUACAAAGUCCACUGUCCGAAUUCGACGUAUUGCAUGAAGAAAUCGUUUCAACUUGAACUACAGGCCGGAAAAAUCGUCAAAGGAAAUGUGAGAGGGUGUACGCCUCAGAAAUAUGAUUAUCAGGUUUACAAGAACGGGUCGUGGAAAGUCGAGUCGGCCGUCGAGUACGAUUCGUUCAAGAAGGGAUGCUAUUCCGGCAACGAUGACCAAUUGAGGACGGCGGAAACGCAGUUUUGCUACUGCGACGAUAACCUUUGCAACAACGCCAAACAGACGACAAACUUUUCCAGUCACACUGACACGAUCGCCGUGAUCAUCAUUUACAAUAUCAUGAGAUUUCUGAAAACCCACACGCAACCGGCGUAACGAUAGCGUUUCGGACAUCACCGCGAAGAGUCUACACAUAGAAAUCUUGGCCAAUUGUACAAAGACUAAAUAAAUAUUAAAUGAAAAAAUGAAAAAUGCUAAACACAAGACACAACAUAUAGGACGCGAAUGUGAAUAUUUGCAUUUUUUGGUUUUUUACUAUACUCAAUGGACCCACGUCCAAAAUGUAUACUGUUAUCUUAUCGUUAUAAUAUUAUAAUAAUUUAUUAAAUAUCUUUUUUUCAAAUCUAGAAUUAUCUAUAUCUAAUGUACCUAGUACAGUAGAGUUAUCAUAGAACACGUAUACGCGCAAAUAACACUAAUUAAAUUGGUAUAAUAUGAUAAUAUUAUAUUUAACUAUCUUUGAUUAUCGACUAGAAGAUAUAAAAUAAUUGUAACACAAUAAUAUUAUAACGAUUAUCUACGAUAAAAAAAAUUAUAAGAAUAAUUUAAUUAGUUUUAAACAAGACUUGGCUGUGUUUAUUUUUAGUAUUAAGUAUACAAGUUAAAUGUGUAAUUGUUUUUAUAUUCUACUGAUAUACCUCUACUUUACUACUAAGUGAAUUGCAAUGUAUACUUUAUUCAAUAAAAUAUUAUGCAAUUGACGGAAAA